AUGCCGGCCACACAAGCCAUCCAGCCUACUUGUGCGCCAUCUCAAAGUCAAAGCUUCAGUCCAAGCUUUCUAGGCAUACCCCGCGAACUACGCAACGAAAUAUACAAGCUCCUUCUUGUGGACCCGGUUUUAGGGGAGUAUUCUUCCGUAUGCGAGUACGAUCAUUUCGGGGGACGCUCUCAAUAUAACCUCCACCCAGCUAUCCUUGCCGUCAGUCAUCAAAUACACAAUGAAUCGUCCAAUAUCCUAUAUGGACACAAUCUAUUCUUCAUUACUCUACUAGAUGAUAUCGAAUGGCUGCCAUCAGAUAUACUGCUUAGUAUAUCCCCUAUCACACGGUACCAACACCAUCAAUGCGGGCAUGGGGAAGAGAAGGCGCUUUCACUCCGCAGUGCCGUGGCAGCAAUUUCCAAAGUCAAACGAUGGCGGGUGGUUCUUUCGGCCGGGGUUGGUAAUAUAUAUUGGGAUUCGGGGCCGCCGACACUUGUUUCGUUCUGCAGAUCGAUAUGUCGGACUCCGCUACAAUCACUCGACAUUGCAAUCAUCCCUGCUGGUAUGGAGCAGGAGGACCUCGAAGAAUACUACCCAAUUAUGACGUUGCUAAAUCCCUUCAGAAUAAUCCGUGGCGUCCAAGACUUUGCGAUCCGGGCUGCUAUAAGACCGGAGUCCCCAGAUGUAGUCGUCGAUGUUAGGUGCGCUGAAGAUAAUGUUGGCAAUGCCGACAACUCUGCCUUGAAGCCCUUGGCCGUGGAAUUGUCCAAACUACAGAAGAUGGUUAUGAGCAAUGAAGUGGUUGAACUAGUGUUUGACAUGUAUCGACUACUUAUCAGGUAUUCAGAAGGGUUUGAGAGGCACCCUCCAUUCAAGGGUGACAUGUCCCUAAACGACUUCGGUGAGACGACCCCAUUCCGCGCGGUAGAAUACCGUCGGCAUGUGGCCUACGACAGCCCAUUCCACCGAGGGCCAACACCUAAGGAAGCCGCUGAUCAUCCUGUUGAAUAUAAUCUCUUCCUAGCUCAGCUGGCGAGUGAUAUCAACGAUGUCCCCGGGUUUAAGCAGCGCCGCGCCAUCGUGCUAGAGUAUCUUGAGCCCCAGUACCAGCGAAUAUGCAAAGCAGCUAGCAACCUGAUUGGCUUUAUCAAAGAGGAGAAAACACGAGGAAAACUCUUUGAUGUCAAUAAAACAUCCGAUGCAAUUCUCGACAUUGAGUCUGAUAGACCUGUGACUGCCAUUAUUCUCCUUGAAGACUAUGGGGCCUCAUUCGGGCGCGACAUGCCACGGCGUAUCAGGUCUUAUAUUCGACAAAAAUUGCCCAAGUUCAACGAACUAUAUUCUGGAUUGAAGUCAGAGAUGUUGUUGAAUGAGGCUGCCAAGGCGUUAGAAACAGAAGAUCUUAGCUACUUCGUCGAACGGUACCAAGCCGCGGUUGACGAGUUGAAUAUUCAAUACUUCGAAAUUAGAGCGGCAAGAAAGACCCUCUUUGACUGUGACAUCCUAGGGGCGCCUGGGGUCAAUCUUGGGCCUGAAAUCCUGCCGUUCCACAGCGAUGAGCCCAUUGACUGGAGCGUCAAUGAGCCGGGUCUGAAUUCUGCCCACUCUUCCGAAGAACAGGAAGCUGUCCACAAUGACACUCUAGAAUGUUAG